AUGCCUGCUCGAUUCCAGUUACCAGAUGCAGAGGAUGGCACCUGCGUUACUGUGAAUUGUGAUUUCUGGUCUGAUUUGAUUAUAGCUAUAAAGCAGAAGAUUGAAAAUGACUACCAAAUACCCGCUAGGAGUCAGAGAUUUAUUUACAAAAACAAGGAGAUGCUCAAUGACCAGACAUUAAUUGAGUGCAAUUACAGCAAGGAGGAUAUCAUCCUUGUACAACGCAUUGCAGACAGUUAUAUGAAAAUUCAUGUGUACGACGAGGAAUUUCAAGUGAUGUUCGUCGAAAUGGAGUCGGUGGAGUGCUUAAUUAAACGUGUUGCAGAAACUCGAAAAAUUCAACCAAAACAAGUGGCCUUGGAGACAAUGCGCGGGACGCCGCUAGAAAACAAGGAAGCCAAGGUGGAGGAUUAUGGCUUGGGGCCGAAUGAAGAGCUACGGCUGACGAUACUGCCCGAAGAUGUCAUUACAGUGAUCGUGAAUACUAUCUUUGGGACUACAUUUCAAUGCAACAUCUCGUGUAAACAAAAUAUUGGCGAACUGAAGGACAGCAUUAACAACUACGUUGGGUCCACUCGGGACAGCCUCAACCUCUCGUUUCAGGGGAAACAGAAGGCUGUCGAUAGCGAAACUCUCGAGGAGGCUGGAAUCAAGGACAACUCCCGUGUAUACGUGAUGCAAAGGGUUCACGGUGGAAUUAACACCCUUCAAUCACCGCCCUCUACAAACCGAUUCACAUUCAUUGUAGCCACUUGA